AUGGCAUCAAUAAUUGUUGAUAAUGAAAAUCAUCCUAUACUAAACAAACUAGAUGAAUAUGAAUCUAUUUUUAAACAUUAUUGUUUGAAUACACAAUCACAAUAUAUUGAUUAUCAAAAUGAAAAAAAUAAUAUUGAGAUAAAUAAUGAUUUAAAUAACAAUAAAAAAAAUAAUUUUAAAAAUCUAUAUGAAACUAAAAGAAGAUACUUAGAAAGAAAUGAGAGUAACAAAAAAAUGACUAAUACAAAACCUAUGACAAAUAGAACUCCAUCAACAAAAUCGGAAAAACGUAAAAAAUCAAAUAAAAAAGCUAAGAAAAAAAAUCGUGAAAACAUUAUAAAAAUUACACUUCCUGAUGCAGCUAAAGCUCGUAAAACUACAUAUCAUAAACAUCAACAACAACCAAAUAAAAAUCAACAAAAUUCGAAUAUACUUUCAUCAGUGCCAGGUAUAUCAUUGCACGCUCCAUCUUCUUCAACAAUAAAAACAGUACAAAAAUUACCAACGUUCGAAUCCAAAAGUCAUCAAUCAAUAUCAGAUGUACAAUCAAAUUCAAUUUCUAUAACAACUUUAAAAAGUUCUGAUCAAAUUAUUUCUCCAACAGUUUCAUUUAAUCAAUCAAAGACGGGUGAAUCUAGUCCAAUAAAAAAUUCAAAUUUGGUGAAUAAAACAGCAGAUAAUUUUGAAUCAAUAUGGGAUUUAGAUGAAAUCAAUGAUUUUACUCGAAAUAUUUUCGAACGGAAUAGCUACACUAAACAUAUAAUUCGUUCAAAUCGAAUUCGAUUGAAAUGUGCCAUAGAGUCAAAUGAUUAUUUAACAAAAUAUAUUCAACGUCAAUCUCAUUGUUUGGAUAUUUUUGAACAAUAUAUUAAUACACUUAAACGAUCAUUUGGUAUCAUUCGUAAUGCUGCUUCUGAUGUACCUAUAUUUGAUCCAGGUCUUACCAUAAUGGGACCAUAUGUUAAAAAAGAUCUAUCUCUUAUUGAUAACGAAGAAUCUCAUAUAGUAAAAAGAAUGGCCGGUAUAGAACCAAGAAAAAAAUAUGCAUUAGUUCAUGAACGAAUAGGAGUUUUUAUUAUUGGUGGUUACAAUUUAUAUGUCAAUAUUCCUAUUCAAAAAGAACCUGAUACAGAUUAUUUAUUCAAAUCCAAUGGUAAUACCGCAAGAAUUCCACGAUUAAAUCCAUGUCGAGUUCAUUUUGGAAUAUAUUCAGAUGGUGACGCUAUUUAUGUUGUCGGUGGUCAAACAUUACACAAUGAUGUACUCGAUGAUAUUCAACGUUUAAAUUUACGAACAUUCAAAUGGGAAUAUAUUGCUACAUUAAUGUAUCCGCUUGCUGCUUGUGGUAUGACAGUUGAAGGACAACGAAUUUAUAUCGUAGGUGGUUAUGAUAUUUUUCGAAAUCAAACUCAUUUCGUCAAUACUUUUACUAUCUAUAAUUUGUCAACAAGACAAUUUGAAAAAUCAACUGAUUUGCCAUCACCACGUUGUCGUAGUCUAAUUUUUGCAACUGAUAAUGCCUUGUUUUGUGUAUCAGGUUUAAUCGAAGGUCAUGAUGAGAAUGGUAAUAAAAAAAUAAAAAUAAGUACUGAUAUUUUAAAAUGGAAACAUGAAACUCCAACAUGGAUUAAAGUUUCACAAACACCUGAACUUACUAAACUUCAUGCAGUAUCAUUCAAUGAUCCUUAUCUUGAAAUAACAAAACGUAAUAUUUAUGAUGAUGGUGCAAGCGAUAUGAUUGGCGAAGCUUAUUAUGAUUUUCGAACAAACAUAUGGACAAAUGGCAAAACGCCAGCAUCACCAAUAAAACAUAAAAGCAGAUCUGCUGCAAAUAGUCCAAGUAAAUCACUAGCAAAGUCGCCAUCAAAAACACAGAAAAAAACGAAAGCAACACGAACUAAAACUUCUUCAACAAAUCAGUCAACAUCGAAAAGUAAAUCACCUUCAAAAAACAAAACAUCAUCAAAAUCUAAAGGUUUUCAAUGA